AUGGUGUCGCUACUCCCGCCGCAGUCUGACGUCACGCUGCCGGGCUCCACCAGACUGGAGGGCGAGCCCCAAGGGGACCUCAUGCAGGCGCCGGGCCUCCCAGGCUCCCCUGCCCCACAGAGCAAGCACGCCGGCUUCAGCUGUUCGUCAUUUGUGCCCGAUGGCCCUCCGGAGAGGGCACCCUCGCUGCCGCCUCACAGCCCCAGCAUCGCAUCCCCAGGCCCUGAGCAAGUCCACUGCGCGGCUGGUCCUGGCCCCAGCCCUUUCCGGCUCUCACCCGCAAACAAGUACCCCAGCUUCAGCUUUGAAGAGGCCCCAGCAAGCAGCCCCGGGCGCUUCCUCAAGGGUGGCCAUGUGCCCUUCCACCCAUACAAGCGGCAUUUCCAGGAGGACAUCUUCCCCGAGGCCCAGACUGCCCUGGCCCUCGACGGACACACCUUUAAGACCCCGGGGGUGCUGGAGGCCUUUGAGGAGAUGCCCGUGGAUGUGGGGGAGGCUGAGGCCUUCCUGCCCGGCUUCUCGGCAGAGGUCUGGUGCAAUGGGCUCCCCUACUCCAGCCAGGAGCACAGCCCUCAGGUCUUGGGGUCGGAAGUCAAGGUCAAGCCCCCAGCUCUGGAGCCUGGUCCUGGCAUGUACUGUUUCCAGCCCCCUUUGCAGCACAUGUACUGUCCCUCCCAGCCUCCCUUCCACCAGUACUCACCAGGUGGCGGCAGCUACCCUGUACCCUACCUGGGCUCCCCACACUAUCCGUACCAGCGGAUUGCACCCCAGGCCAGCACUGAUGGGCACCAGCCACUCUUCCCCAAGCCCAUCUACUCCUACAGCAUCCUCAUCUUCAUGGCCCUUAAGAACAGCAAAACUGGGAGCCUUCCUGUCAGCGAGAUCUAUAAUUUUAUGACGGAGCACUUCCCAUACUUCAAGACGGCGCCCGAUGGAUGGAAGAAUUCUGUCCGCCAUAACCUCUCUCUCAACAAAUGCUUCGAGAAGGUGGAGAACAAAUCGGGAAGUUCCUCUCGCAAGGGCUGCCUGUGGGCCCUCAACCCAGCCAAGAUCGACAAGAUGCAGGAAGAGCUGCAGAAGUGGAAGAGGAAAGACCCCAUCGCUGUGCGCAAGAGCAUGGCCAAGCCGGAAGAGCUGGACAGCCUCAUUGGAGACAAGAGGGAGAAGCUGGGCACCCCGCUCCUGGGCUGCCCACCCCCUGGGCUAGCAGGCCCAGGCCCCAUCCAGCCCCUGGCACCUCCAGUUGGGCUCUCCCAGCCGCUGCACUCAAUCCACCCUGCUCCAGGCCCCAUGCCUGGCAAAAACCCCCUGCAGGACCUCCUUGGGGGCCACGCGCCCUCCUGCUAUGGGCAGACAUACUCACACCUCUCCCCGGGCCUGGGCCCUCCUGGACCGCCGCCGCCACUGUUCCCGCAGCCAGAUGGGCACCUUGAGCUGCGGGCCCAGCCAGGCACCCCCCAGGACUCGCCUCUGCCUGCCCACACCCCACCCAGCCACAGCACCAAGCUGCUGGCGGAGCCCUCCCCGGCCAGGACCAUGCAUGACACGCUGCUGCCAGACGGAGAUCUCAGCACGGACCUGGAUGCCAUCAAUCCCUCUCUCACCGACUUUGACUUCCAGGGAAACCUGUGGGAACAGCUGAAGGAUGACAGCUUGGCCCUCGACCCCUUGGUACUGGUGACCUCAUCCCCGACAUCAUCUGCAGUGCUGCCGCCUCCGCCGCCUCCCCACUGCUUCCCUCCAGGGCCCUGUCUGGGAGAGGCGGGCAGUGGGGCGGGCGACUUGGCAUCACCAGGCAGCGGGGGCUCGGCAGCCCUGGGCGACCUGCACCUCACCACCCUCUACUCGGCCUUCAUGGAGCUGGAGCCCCCACCCCCCACGGCCCCCGCCGGCCCCUCCGUGUACCUCAGCCCCAGCUCCAAGCCCAUGGCCCUGGCAUGA